CGCAGCACAUCGCCUCUAACGACACUUAUUUUUAACUUGAAAUUUAGUUUAAAAAAAAAAUGUUUUUAAUAAAAUAAAAAUAAAGCAAUCAAGAGAGACGGUUCUGGUGCUUUUAGUGUCGCUCCUCGUCACAGUGGCGCCAGCGAACAGCGUUUCUGCGUGAAGCGUUUUCGUCUGCUGGAGUUUGUGUUGUGCUUCUGAAACCAAACCCACAUCAAAGCUGACAUCAUUUCAUGGGCUCAUGAAGGUGCGCUAGAGCAGCAAGAGACGAACACAAACAGCUCGGGUCUUAAGAUUUUACUUUUCAGAGAAGGCAAAAAAAAAAAAAUAAUUCAAAAAAAAAAAGAUUUUCUUCCGUCUUCAUCUUUUAUGAUGGAGGGCUUUGCUGAUCUUCUCACUGAUGCAUUUUCAGAGGGUUCAGUUCCCUCGUUCUCCACGGGAGAUUUGGACUUUGAGAGUUUAUGCUUUGAUGAGAAGAGCGAGGAAGAACAGGACAGAAACCCAACGACAGAGAACGACGAGGCUCGGCUUCAGGAAGCAUCUGCAGAAGGUGCAGCUUUGCUGGAGGGCCCCACUGCAGACGCACUGUACUCGGAUGAGAACGCUUUCGAAGAGCAGACUGAUGAGGAAAAUGACGAAGAGGGGCUUAACGGGGUCCGUUUUAGCAGUGAAAGCCCAGAGGACGAUGAAUGCCCAAGCUCCAGCGGAGAAGAAGGACAGAGCAAUUUCUGUUCUGGAAGAGAUGAAGAGGAGGAGGCUGAAAGCCCAGAGGAAGACGACGAUACGCUGAAGUCGAUUUAUAAAACAGUGGAUGGGAUCCUGGAGGAUGAAGACUCUGAGAUCCCGGAAGAUGCUGAUGAGCUUCAAGUCCUGCAAGAAGAUGCGCACAGUGAUGAAGAGGAGGACGCAUGUAGAGACGAGAACAUUGCAGAAAGCCCCGAGAGCGAGGAGGAACAAGACGUCAAACAGGACUCCUCCGAAUCCGACUAUGAAGGCGUGAAAACUGAAGAGAAGGAAAAACCCGGCACUGUCGAUACAGCAGAUUCUGGUUUGGAGUUCUCCUGCAUGUCUCUCCAGAAUCUGCAGGAUCUCAUCUCUGAAGUGGAUGGUGAGGUUUCCGAAGAGAAAAUGUCAGACUUCACUGGCGAGGAGCACCAGGAGGCAGGUGAGAGCUUUGCAGAUUACCCCUCAGACUUUUCCUCUGGUGAAUACGGCAGAAAUUCUGCAGUGAGCGCCUCGCCUUGUCUGAGAGAGGAAGAAGGCCCGGAGAGAGCCGUGACCGAAAGCGAGUGGAGCCACGGGUCUGAGGAGGCGGGUUCUGGGAAGGAGGAAGAGUUCCUGUUCAGCAGAGACAUAGAAAUAAAUGUUGAGAAGAUGAUGAUGAGCCUGGAUGAAGCAGCUGGAGAUGAAGCUGAAAGGAAAGUGGAGCAUUUGUUGAGAGGGACCAGCUUUGACGAUGAAGAGAAGACAAGUGAGAGCGACUCCUACAGCUCCAGUGAUGACGAAGAGCCGCCGAGAAGAUCCAGUUAUGUAUUUUCAGAUAAGUCCAGAACCCGACUCCUUGAAGACGACACAAACCUGGAGGACAUUAAAUCUCUUGGUGCCAGUGGCUCUGAUGACCGCAGCUUUGGGCGUGACGGAUACGAUCCGGCUGAGUUCCUCAGCUCAGGGAUAGGUGCGUUAGAAACCAAAACCUUUCUGUAUGAAUUCUUCAUGGGUCAAGAGGACACAGAUGGGACAGAAUCACCUAAUUCAGGCAGAAAUCAGUGUCCGGUUCAAGAUGUCAACAGCUACUCUGUGGUGCAGAAGAAAGACUCGACACCAGCAAGUCCGUUCGUCCAGGGAUCCAUCGAUGACAGCUUCUUCUUCGAAACUGAACCCAAUGACUUCACCGAUGACGGACAGCAGGAGGAGAAGGAGGAGGAGGAGGAAGAAGACGAGUACGAAGAGAGGAGAAACUUUGAACAGAUGAAGCAGAGAAUCGAAGCUUUCAAAAAAUUUUACGACAACAGCGAUUACGAGAACGGGCGAGAAGAGAGGCAGAUAAAAGUCCAGUUUUGUGCAGACCCCUUAUCUCAAGUGAAUUAUUAUGAAACUGACAGCAGUGACAGAGACUCGGUCAGCAGCUCCUCAGACGGGGAAGAAGACCGGAGCUCUGCAGAACAAUCUGAUGACAAAGAGGAAGAUCUGAAUCCUGCAGAACAAUAUGAAGAUGAGGAAGAUCUGAAUCCUGUAGAACAAUCUGAAGAUAAGGAGGAAGAUCUGAAUCUUGCAGAACAAUCUGAAGAUAAGGAGGAAGAUCUGAAUCCUGCAGAACAUUCUGAUGACAAGGAAGAGGACCUGAACUCUGGGGAACAAUUUGAAGAUGAGGAAGAAGACUCGAGCUGUUCAGAACAAUCUGAUGAACCGCAGGAGCCUGAAGAAGACCUGGACAUAAAACCUGUGUUUGAUCCCCCAAUCAUUCAGCAGCAUCAGAGCCCGGCAGACGUCGCUGACACACAAACCUGCACAGCAACACGCAGGUCUUUCAGCACACUGAAGAUGAUCUUGACGCUGGGAGUGCUGACGGCGACGGGGCUGAUGAUGUUCAGCCUGACCACAGACCAACCCGACUGGCUCAGACAGUUUCUCUUCUUUUAGAGUUGUAGCUCAUUUUGGUUAUAAAGGAUGAAGAAAAAAAAAGCUCUGUACACAUAUGCAUUUCUACCUUUCAUACUAUUUUUUUGUUUACAAUGGAGAUCUUUACUUUGAAAAUAUAUAAAUGUAAAAUAAAACAAAAAAAAAAGUUUUU